AUGGUAUUUUCCUUCUGGACUCUCCUAGCAGGAGGAGGUGUUCCGUCUUUUGAUCAAGAGGAUUUGCGACUGGGUCAUUUUGUCCACCUUCGAUCGAAGAAACAAAAACUUACCUGGAUCAAAACCCUGAACCGAACUCUUAUUGUGGACAUACUUUCAAUUGGAAGCCAAAGCCGCAAAGAGCUACAGAGAACGCAAAUUAAUACAUUUGGAACCCACAAAACUGUGCGUAAUUUCUUUGUGGCAGAUGAAUUUGUUGACAAAGACCCAAAGUGUAACCAAGCCUUAGACGUCGAAGACACAUUUAAGAUUAGCAACUUUUGUGUUCAAAAGGAGUGGAAGGAGGAGAAUCAGUGGCUGAUGCGGCUAAUGACGCGUCACUAUAUCACUCGCGAGAGACUAGAGGAAAAUUCAAAUCCAGUUGGGUGGAUGUGUGCCCAGGCGAGACCUUUAUUUAGUUUAUUCGAGAUACAAAAGCGAUACAAGCGGGAGCCUCUGCCGGAUUAUUUGAUUGUGAUUGACGACGAUAGCUACUUCAAUAUGAACAAGUUUCAAAAACACUUUACGCUUGAAGGCUCCUCACGGCCAAGAGCAAUUGCUGGUUGCCGUAUCAAGUAUCACCUUACAUUUAGCGGUCCAUAUGGUGGUUUUGGACUCAUCUUGAGUCGCGCAAUGCUCAAAGAUUUGAUGGAGCCAAUCGAUUGCUCAACAAAUUAUACUACCGAUAGCAUAUGUGGUCGUAUUGAAAUGGAUCGAAUCGGGGAGUAUGGUGUAUUUCGAGAUAUGAUAUCUGGCAGCCUCGUAGAAUUGAUGAAGAGAUAUGCUGAGCUUUCAGCUUUUCGAGACCACAAGAAGUGGACGACCGGAUAUUGCCUCCACAGUGAUUGGGCGACAGGAUACUUGAUUUCUCUCUACGGUCGAGCUCUUGGGACGUACAAUUCGCACCCAAGAAUGCGUUCGGUAUUCAAUAUGAGAUUCAAUUUCGACAAAUCACCUUCAAACAUAUGCCGUUUUGAGCGAGAAAAAUGCACACCAAAAGCCGAAGCUUGUCACUAUGUUCAACGUGGUAUUAUGUCAUCAAUCUUUCAUGAGCAAAUGAAUCAAACACCAAAUGAAUUCGGCCAGUCACCAAUCGUUAUCAGGUUGAGAGAUGGUGAUUAA